AUGAGUGGGGCGACAUCAUCAUCCUGGGAAGAUUUAAGAAAGCAGGCACGACAUCUAGAGAAUGAUAUUGAUAUGAAAUUAGUAGCAUUUAGUAAAUUAGGUGUUACUUCUGGUUCAUCGAGUCUUUCAUCUGAGACUGUACCACUUAUAAACAGUGAUGACAUGUUUGAUACCAUGUCCAUGGAGCUUCAACAACUGCUUAAUAAGUUGUCAGCUAUUAACGACAAAAUGGCAGAUUUAGCACCAAAUGGUGCUGCAUCAAUGCACACCAUAAAACGACACAGAGAGAUAUUAAUGGACUAUCAACAAGAGUUCUCAAAGACUUCAGCGCGAGUGAGUGCUCGACGGGAGCGUGAAGAGUUACUACGUGGCGGCAGUCCUCCCCCAGCAGCAGCGGCUGGACUCAGUAGACGAGACCAAUAUGCCAAGGAAGCUAACCAUUUGCAUAGCUCACAUAUCCUAGUGGACGAGCAGAUAAACAUUGCGAUGGAGGCGCGAGAGCAUCUCUCCUCACAGCGUCAAACAUUCAAACGGAUGCAGACUAGGUUUAACGACAUUGCUAACAGGUUCCCAAUGCUAAACAGUCUCAUCUACAGAAUAAAUUCCAGAAAACGACGCGACUCCCUUAUCCUAGGUCUGGUUGUUGCUAAAAAAUUAUGGGAGGAAGUCUGCAAAGUUUUAAUAAGUAAUUGGGCAGAACUCAGUGUGAAUGAAAGAAAAGAACAAGGUCAUGAAAUCCAAAGAAAAUGGAAUAACUUGCGGACUUGCUUCGCUAGAGAACUGAAAGCUCAAAAGUCGGUAAAAUCUGGACAAGCAGCUUCAAAACGGCGGCCAUAUGUUUACUUUGAUCGCAUGUUGUUUUUAAUACCUUGUAUGGAAUCACGACCAACUGAAGGUAGUAUUGAAAACAGUGAAUCAAACCAGGACGACGCUAAUUUAUCAGACGAUCCACAAUCAUACCCGCAACGGAAACGGAAAAUUAAAAAACCCAACUUAGAUGAACAAAUAAUAAAGGCACUUCAGUCUAAUGAAGUCGACGAUACUAAUUAUUGCUUAUCUUUAGUUCCUUUUAUGAAAGAGCUGACUUCUGACGAAAAAUUAGAAGUGCGUAUAAGAAUUUUACAAACAUUCCAAGACAUCAAGAAAAAAAGAUUAUUACUGCCAAAUACAUCAUUUAAUAUCAUUCAACCUAGUACACUUCACAAUUUUCAAGAGCUUCCAGGCACAUUACUCCAUCAACUUCCAUACGUAUUAUUUCUGAUCAAGUUAUCAAGCCAAACCGUAGUCGUUCAGUCCAUUCCACACGUCAAGCAAAUUUAUCACAGCAUCUGA